CAAGACUCCACAUUUUCCGCCCCGUAAACGCGGUCUUUAUCUCCGGUCGACGACGAGCAGGCCCUGCUUCCCCUCCGCACCUCACACAGCAAUGGCUACCCAACCAGCCCUCCCAGCCACGAUCAAGCGCCGCAAACAGACGACUCGUGUGAAGUCAGGGUGCCGCACCUGCAAGAUCCGCAGAGUCAAGUGCGAUGAGCAACGACCGUCAUGCGCCAAGUGUAUAUCCACGGGGAGAGCCUGUGACGGCUAUGGGAUCUGGAGCCCACCGGCAGGCGUACUGUCCCGGCCAAAGUCGCAGUCGUUGUCCGUAUUGUAUCCUCCUCAGACUGUGCCCGGUCUCGAUCAAGAAGAACGUGGCCACCUGCACCGCUUCCAGCAUCUUGUAGUUGGUAGGCUAGCCGAGCCUUUUGGCUCCUUUUUCUGGGACUCGUUGGUGCUCCAAAUGUCUCUGUCGGAGCCUGCCGUUGUCCAUGCCUCGAUCGCUCUCACGUCAGCGUACGAGCUGUUCUUGCCCAGUCAGGGGAUCAAGCCUCCGGGUCAUACAGCAUCCAAUGUUCCUUUUCUCCUGCGGCAGUACAACCAAGCAAUCCGAGCUUUGACCUCAAGCAUCAAGUCGGAAAACCCCACCUCACUCCGCAUUGCCGCUGUUUCGUCUGUCCUGUUCAUCUGCCUGGAGAUCCUGCGAGGCGAUCUGAAUGCCAUGCAGGCACAUUUCAGCUCCGGCGUGAAACUGCUGACUCAGUUGCAGAGUCGGCAGGAUCGAUCGCGAAUAACAAGCGAGAUGGUUCUCGUCAAAGAAGAUCCCCUGGCUUACGACGAUCAUCUAGUCACCGUGUUCACUCAACUAAACUUGCAAUUCCUCACGCUGGGCAACAGCUCCCAGCGUAAAGCGACGUUUGUGUCCUCCUUUUCCUAUAGCCGGCGUAUCCACAUUCUGCCUCUCUUCCAGACUGGUGAUGAGGCACGACGUUCAUUUACCUCCAUCGUUGUCGCCGUGAUCCACCUUUGCAAGGAAUUCGAGCAAACUGCGCACGUCAGUGGCAUCCAGGUCCCUGUACCAAGUGCGACCGAGCUGGAAAAACAGCAAGCCCUCCGAGUAGCCAUGUCAGAAUGGGUCGCAAGCUAUGAGCGCUCAGUCGUUUCUCUCUCCCUCACCAUAUCCCCUCAGCAACAGACUGGGCUCACGAUGCUCCGCAUCUAUGCUGACAUGUUCAUCAUCAUUAUCGGCACUUGUUUGACCAUCAAGGAGACUGCCUAUGAUGCCCAUCUAUCCGUGUUCAAGUCGCUCAUUGGACGUUAUGAUGAGUUCGCCACGCAGGGAUCAGCAUCUCAAUCCGCCUCGUGCAAACUAGAUCCCUCCUUCACCAUAGAUACGGGCUUUUUCCCACCACUCUACUUCACAGCUCUGAAAUGUCGCAGCCAUAAUGUUCGACGAAAGGCCCUCUCGUUACUCCAACAGUAUCCGACCAUGGAAGGUCCAUGGACGGGCCCUAUGGUAGCCAGAGUGGCAGGAUACGUCGUUGACCUGGAGGAAAAGAACUUUGCAAAAGCCCUGCGGUCGUCACGUACUGAGGCCUGCUUGUCCGACCUGACGCUCCAAGUCGAAGAUAAGGAUAAGUCGACGACUGCUCAAACCUUGCUGGCCACGCCUGACAUAGUACUUCCCGAGUUCUGCCGGUUGAUCAAGUGGGUGAGUAUGGACGCACGCCAUUGCACCUGGCGAGCAUGCAUGGGCAUGACAUCAUUGUCUCGACCUUACUGGAGAACGAAGCGCGUAUAGAGGAGUUGGAUUGUGGGUCCCGGACUCCCUUGCUACUUGCAUGUCUACAUCUACAGGGUGAAGUCAUGAAGGCUCUGUUCGACCAUUUCGCCUCGGCUACCGCGGUGGAUUCCGGGGAGAGAGGCUGCUUACAUCUUGUGAUUGAGGGCCACUACUCUGCGCCCGAAGGCUUUGAAGCACACCCGGAGUACCUUAAUUACCUCGUGGUGAGGGGCGCAGUCGUCGACCAACCGGACCGUCGUGGAUCGACGCCGUUGAUGGACGCAUGCCAAUCGCACAGCCGCGAGCUAAUUGAGACCCUUCUUGAUCUCGGCGCUGAUAUCAACAGCCAAGACCCUAUGAACAGGACGCCUCUUCAUUAUGCAUGCCUGAAGCCUGACAGUGGAUGCCUCGAUAUCCUUUUGAGCCGCGGCGCGGACGCCACCCUCGCCAUGACUGGGGGUUUCACCCCGCUCCAUGCAGCCUGCAGCUCGGGGGUGGUCGACGACGUUCGCACAUUGCUAAAAUACAAUGUCCCCGUGACGGCUCUGGAUGUUGAUGGCAACACACCACUCGUCACAGCCGCAGGUAAAGGGUUUGUGGACAUUAUGCUUGACAUAGUCAGAACGACCGAGUACUUCCCAGAGGAUCCCGCCGCGCAGAAGGCGUUUAUUGAGCCCCAAAAGCCAGCUGCGAAAGUCGUCGGGGCCUUUUCCAAGGGAUUUGAGAAGGACCGUUAUUCGUUCGACUCGGAUCUACAGCCUUUACUGCACUGGGCCGUAUCACAUGGGCGCUUUGAGCUGAUGCGACAGUGUUUCAAGUACAGACCCAACGCAGUCUUCUGGACAGUGGGAGGGGCCACAUGGCUUCAUGUGGCGGCUCAAUACGGACAUAGUGGGAUCAUCAAUAAUCUACUUGGCAAGGUUAAUCCCGCCAGGGAAGCGCGUGGGGGUCUCACUGCUCUGCACGUUGCAGCUACACACGGUCACCUCGAGACAGCCCAGGCGCUGCUCCAAAUCAUAGCAGGGCAGAGUCGAAGCCCAGACGAAGCCAGUUGCGCAAAGGCUACUGCAAUUAUUCACUGGGAUAACAAACGAGAAUCGCCCCUUACGCUGUCCAUCAGCCGAAAGCACAGGCGCCUGCAGGCGCUGUUCUUUACUGAGCUGCAAACCCUGGGCUCGGUGACUGGUGAUCCCAUCAAUGCGAUCAAAGCAAGCGAGCUCCUCGAAAUACUGGCCGAGUGGGAAAAGCCGGGUCGCGAAGUCGUCUUACAGUAUCUCCUCGAGCGCUGGCUACCCGCCCCGCCACAGACAGAUGUCAGACACUGGUCGGCUCUUCACUGGGCGGUUUAUGGAUCCACGGCCGUGGUGGUCUGGUGGCUUCUCUCAAAGGGCGGGUACCGAUCCGGUGAUGAAAUCAGGGAGUGCCGCAGAGAGCCCCUCGUCCGCACAGACGCAAUUGGAAUGAUUAUCCAGGACCUGCUGCGCAAUCCGCCGCCGCAGAUGUACGAGAUUGUGAAUCCCAUCGACGACAAACCGCCGUUUCCGCCGCGGCCGACAGACUGGAUGGAUCAACGGCUGUAUCUCCAUGGCUAUAUUAUGAAUGUCUACUUGCAUAAUGAAAACGCUGUCGUGCCAUAUGCAAGAGCUACUCUGCAUGGCAUAAUCUAUAGCCAGGGGCCAAACGCCCUGAUCAAAGGUGUGGAAAUGCUCGAGCAGAGGGACUUGAAUAUCUUGAAGAAGAAGCUGGGGAGUGUUUCGAGUGAUGAUCAGGGUCUUCCCAACAUUUGGAAUUUGUCUGAACCGCCGUCUGGCGCACUUGGGAGGCCCGUCGGCCAUCGCCUGCCUCGGUAUGACUACAGCGCGAUCAGCCCCGCGGAGAACCUGAAGCUUCGUUGGAUCCAUCUACCUGCGAAUGAGAUGCAGUUAAUCGAGGACCUGGUGACGAGACUGUCCCACGACUCGGGCCGCUCGGAGAUGGACCAUAGGAACCUCAUGAAGUUCUUCAGCAGAAGCUGGACUGAACUCGGGGCAGGUGCAAGGCAGCACUAUAUGAAGCCACUAUGUCUGCGCGCGGAGAUAGAAGAAGCCGGUAAAAAGAGAACUUGCACGGCUAUUUAUAUGCCCUAUCUGACACUGGGUGAAUAUGAUCCAAAGAACGCCGCAAGGCAACCCCCUUCUCGGCGCGAAGACAAUGGAGAUGAUGACUUGAUAGGCAGAAGAGACGCGAAGCACAUCGCUCAUGUCCCUCUGACGCUCGACCAAUACUACUACCCGGGUAUCUCCGACACAAGUUACCGCGACGAGAACCAGGUCUUUUCAAAAUACCUCAAGAAGCACCAGGAGAAACCGGUAUCAUCGACGAGCAGGACGCAUCUCGACGCGCGGUCAAAGAAGAAACAGAUAUUGAUGGUCGACCAGUUGUGGAUUUGGAUAAUAGACGACCAGUCAAUCAUCACCAGCACAUCCCACAGACCCGAGGACGCUUCAACCGCGUCGCCGCAAAGUUCGAGGGAUUCAUCGAUGAGCAGUCUGCUGCACCGCGUUCUCAACGACAUCGCCUAUGGCGAGGGCCGAGGCCGCUUCGAACGACCUACAUCAGUGGAUGCAGUCAUGCAGUUGAUUCUUGGGGCCGCUGCCGGGUUCUUCAUAGAAAAAUGCGUGCAACUGGCAGAUGGCACUUCCAAGGGACCCCUGGAGGUUUUCCGCGAAUCUAUCCGAGAAGUGGCCAAUCGAGAAACUGUACUCUUCCAGAAUUUUCUCGGCGGCCUACGUGAUGAGAUCAAAAACCGCAAGGCGCGCGCCGAGCGCAUCUCGUCAGGGACUGGCCGCCCCUCGAUCAGAGAGCUGCCCAACAACCCGCAUCAUAUCAUUUCCGAGGAAACCGAGCUCCUUGACCAGAUCCGGGACAUCAACGAUGAACUGCACAUGCUGCGAGCAUUAGCCGAGGAUCAGGAGAUUGUCUGGAACCAAGCCUUUGCUGGCAUUGAGACGCAAGGCCGGUUCACCUGCACCCCUGCUGAGAUAGCCAGAGAUCUCGAUGGCAUGAUCGUGGAGACAGAGAUGACUCGCAGUUCCAUCGACACGCUUCUCGAUUUGCGCCAGAAACAGGCGAGCCUCGCGGAGACUGAGGCUGGCCGACUACAGGCGAAUGACACAGCGCGACAGUCGAACAACAUCUACGUCUUUACCCUCGUGACCAUCUUCUUCCUCCCUCUGUCCUGGCUGACAUCUCUGUUUGCGCUCAAUGUUACCGCCUUCCCACACAACGACGGAACGAUCGAGUACCAGGCUCAUUGGCUGUUCCCAAUUCUCUUUACCGUGACAGGCGUGUUCUUCGCUAUAGCCAUCUUCGCCCCGUUGAGGGUGGAGGCGUUCCAGGACUGGAUGUACAAUCGCCAUGGAGGUGGGGGUGAGAGUGCUAGGAGGUGCACGCCACCGCCACCGCUCCUACCUGCAAACGCGAGUGCUCGUAAUAGCUUCACCUCAUAUACCACUGACUGGGACGGGUCGAGCUCGUAUCUCGGUCGCGACGUUUACGAUGAACGGGUAAGGACUGGGAUGAGGGCUCGUCCGCAGAGAUACCGGCGGAGACAUGCUCGAAGAUCUCCAUCAAAUGUCUAGGGGGGCGGGACUUGGUAACACGUAUCGUGAAACUUGUCGAGGGCCAGUCUUCCGGGUUCAUGAAUAACAACAUCAGGAACGACCAGUCUGCCAUCUCCUGCUUGGUUCCUCGUACGUGCGAUAUCAUUCCCCGAUUCAAUUCCGCACCCACUCCCAGCCUGUGUCAAGCACCGAGGUGUGGGGCCAAUCCAGCGACACAUUUGGAGCUCUCGAGGAUUAUAAGUGCUAAGUUGGGGCGACUCAUGGGUAUCCUCAGGUAUCAUGUGUCUGCAGUUGGGUCCGACAUAAUCACAUUACGUCGCCCCUGGCUUUCAGGCGCUCUCCCAGGUGAUUUCAGGAAGUUGCUUCGAUGACGGUACGCACCCUAGUUGAUCAACGACAAUCCACUUAAUUCUAUGCUCUCUAAGCCUUGCAUGACCGAUUCGGCGUGUAACUACAGCAAAACAUGUCUAGCCUAUUCACAUUCCAGUAUUUAUCACGGAUACAGCAUCGUCCCGGCCGCCACAGGCUUCAGGAUCCCUUGAGCCUCCAUCUCACGCACCAUGGACGCGACCAUCAAGUCACAUCCGCGCGCUGCCACAACGCUCAUAGUGACUGGCAAGUACUCGGUCUUUCCGGACUUUGUGCUGUUAUACGGGAUCUCGCCGACUACUCCGCAUUAGCAAGCCAGCACGGUCAGGAUACGGCAUGCGGUAUGUACUCACUGGGAACAACCAGGUCAGGGAGACCGGCGAAGACCGCGAUGUUGCUGUCAGACAUGCCCCAGUAUGGAGGGCUUGGAGGUCUAAAUACGUGGUUAGCGAUAGUCAAUAACCGGACGAGAUGACUUACCCAACAUAUUCAUCUCGGUAGUCGGGCGCCCCGAUACUAUUUGGGUAGAUGUAGAUCCCGUCAGAGCAGCUGUCAUUGUUAUGCGCCCCAAACCCUGCCGCUCCACUCCACCAGUUCUUGAAAAUCGUCUUGUUCGCCCAGGCUUCAUCCCAUCCGGCCUGGCCCCUUUCACGCCCGAUGUUCCACCGGAGCAGAGGACCAGGGUUGAUAUACGGAGUGCGGCCGUCGUACUUGGCGGCGUAGUCGCUGAAUAAGGGGACGCCCAAGUGCAGCCAUUGAUACACAGAGACUAGUGUUCCAUAUGUCUAUCCUCGGUUAGAAUGGACAAGUCACAGCAGUCGGAUGCGGGGAACGCACAUAAUGAAGCAUAUCCUGAAGCGUGUUUGGCGCACCAGCUGGUUUCGUCGAGUUCCAGGUCGCAUCUACAUCAACAUGUGUCCGGUUCGUACCUAAAAACCUCUCAAAUUUCGACACAAACUGUUCAAUGACCCUGCGAGCAUCCGAACUAGCCACAGCAUCCUCGCCAAAGGAAGCGCUCGGGUAGAAGAUCUUAUCAGGGUAUGAUGGAUAGUCGGCACCAAAGUCCUGAUACCACACACUCACGACGCGAGACCACGUCUCGGCAGACCGUGCAAAGACACCAGUGGUGUCGAGGCCAUCGCACAGAGGAAUUACCUCGUCGAGAUCUACAGCGCCAGUACUGGGUCUAUUC